CGAAAGUGAAAAGACAGCCUACUACUGUCCGAUCAUAUCGAGUUUUUAUAUACGAGCAAGCAGGAAGUUGAGAACUGGCGCGAUUUUGAAACUAUUUAGAACGAGCUAGUUUCUGUUUUUAGACGCGCUCUUACGGAGCAUUAUUGGUUUUCUUAGUUUUCAAUACCAAUUCUUCAGUGCUGUAAAAUACAACAAUAUACACGAUGUUAUAAGACGAUCCAAGCUUCCUUCACAUCUUUGAGAAGUUUUAGCAUUGCGUGUGUGUUUCCGUAACAAAGCAGCUGCUUAAAAUCCGAAAAUGAGGGGGCUCUAUAAUAUAAGAGAACGAAAAAUGGGAGAAGAAAAUGCCAAUUCUAAUCCAGUCUCUAGUCUACUUGGGUACAAGUCGUUGGAUGAAGAUGCUGUUCAAAACGGUCAAAUACGACAACAGCACGUGAAUGAAGCAUUUGAAGAUAAUGAAAUUCCUUACAUUCCUAAUUUAAAUGGAAAUUCAUUGUCCAACUCCGUAGAUGUACCUAAUAAUAGGAUAAACAUACCAAUAGAAAAUGGUACUUACAUUGAAAGCUUUAUGUCUCCUCCUGUUCCUCCAUACUCUGAAGUAAAUUUCAAAGACAAUAAUCGAAACUUCAUGGAUAACCGAUUUGAAAAUGAGUUCCCCUUGAAGAGUGAUAACAAUAACUUGCAAAAUGGAUUGCCUCCAGACGAAAGGAAUUCAACAAAAAAGAAAAAAGAAAAAGAAACUUGGAAAGAUGAAGUUCCUCCUGUGAGAUUUUUUUCUCUGUUCAGAUAUUCCAGUCAUGUUGAUAAAGUCCUCAUCUUUUUUGCUUGCAUUAUUGCUCUGAUUUCUGGAGCUGCCCUGCCAACUAUUAUGGUUCUUUUCGGCAACAUCAUCGACUCUUUUGUAGAUCAUCAUCGAAUGCAGAAUAACCUCACCUCAUUUAAUCCAUCUGAUAAUACUAGUGUCAUUUCUACAGAAAUUUUCCUUCAAAGGGUUGCCAACCUGUGCUUGUACAUUGGCAUCAUUGGCUGCAUUGUCUUCGUCUUCAACCUCCUUUAUGUUAGCUUCUUUAGUAUGGCUGCUGCCAAUCAAGCAUUUAAAAUUAGGUGCAUGUUUAUGCAGUCUGUUUUAAGACAAGAUAUUGGUUGGUUUGAUACUCACCAAACAGGAGAUUUUGCUAGUCGAUUAACUGGAGAUUUAAGUAGAGUUCAAGAUGGAAUAGGUGAAAAAGUGGGCAUGUGCAUCAGUUUUAUGGCAACAACAAUCUUUUGUAUUUGUACUGCUCUGUAUUAUGGUUGGAAAUUGACUCUUGUUUGCCUCUGUAUCAUGCCCAUUUUGUCUAUUGCUAUGGGUAUAAUAUCAAAGAUUCAAGCUGCUGUAUCUGGAGAUGAGCUUCAGGCAUAUGGUGCUGCUGGUGCUGUAGCAGAAGAAGUAUUAUCUGCAAUUCGAACGGUUGUGGCAUUUGGCGGAGAGAAAAAAGAAAUUGAGCGGUAUAAUAAUUGUCUAAUUCCAGCUAGUAAAAAGGGUAUCAAAAGAGGCCUUCUGACUAGCAUUGGAGCUGCUCUUAUUUGGUUUUGUAUUUAUGCUGGUUAUGCUUUAGCAUUUUGGUAUGGUGUUAAAUUAAUCGUUGAUGGUCAAGGUCAAGAAAAUCCUGAAUACAAACCAAGCACCUUGGUUAUCGUAUUUUUCAAUGUCAUACUGGGUGCAAUGGGUGUUGGACAGACCGCACCAUACUUUGAGGCAUUUGCUUUAGCCAGAGGAGCUGCUGGAAAAGUAUUUUCAAUUAUUGAAAGGAAACCUCCGAUUGACAGUAGUUCUCAAAGUGGUAAAAUUCCCCAGUCUUUACAAGGAAACAUUACUCUGAAGGAUGUUCAUUUUUGCUAUCCAGCUCGUCCAGAUAUUCCAAUUUUGCAAGGUUUGUCUCUUAAAAUCAGAACUGGGGAAACAGUUGCUUUAGUUGGUCCCAGUGGAUGUGGUAAAAGUACUAUUGUGCAACUAAUCCAAAGAUUCUAUGAUGCUGAAAGAGGAAGUGUUGAAAUUGAUGACAAUGAUGUCAAAGAGUUAAAUGUUGGAUGGUUGAGAGACAACAUUGGAUUAGUUGGGCAAGAGCCUGUUCUAUUUUCAACAACUAUUGCAGAAAACAUUUGUUAUGGUAAAGCUGGUGCUACUCAGGAGGAAGUAGAGAAAGCUGCAAAAUUAGCGAAUGUACACAGUUUCAUUGAAGCUUUGCCUCUAAAAUACAAUACUCUUGUUGGAGAGCGUGGAACUCAGUUAAGUGGUGGACAAAAGCAAAGAAUUGCCAUUGCUAGAGCAUUGAUCAAGAAUCCUAAAAUCCUCCUUUUGGACGAAGCCACAUCUGCAUUAGACACUGAAAGUGAAGCUAUUGUACAGUCUGCACUAGACCAGGCUAGACAAGGUCGCACAACUAUCAUUGUUGCUCACAGACUUUCCACCAUCCGAACAGCAGACAAAAUUGUUGCAUUAUGUAAUGGAGUUCUUAAAGAAAUGGGCACACAUGAGGAAUUAAUGGAAAAGAAAGGGAUUUAUUAUCAGUUGGUUACAACCCAAACCAAAGACAGUGAAGAAGAUGACGAUGAAGAUGAAGAAGAUGAUACUUUCAUUGAUGAUUUACCUGUGCUUGAACGUCAAUUCAGUAUCUUAAGUUCAGGGUCUUAUAAAUCUGAUACUGAUUCUUUGCCUCGACAUGUUUCCCGCACUCUUUCUGCUGGUAGUUAUAGAGCUCAUAUGGAUGAACAAGAACAAGGAGAACAGGAUGCUCCAUCUCAAACUAGGUUACUGAAAACAUGUGCACCUGAAUGGCCUUACAUACUUGUAGGAGGGAUAGCAGCUAUCAUUAUGGGACUUUUUACUCCAAUAUAUGGAAUUGUAUUUGGAGAUAUACUUGGGAUUUUAGCUGAGCAAAAUGAUCAGAUUAUAUCAGACAUUUCAUUUUAUUCUCUAAUAUUUCUUGCUAUGGCAAUAUCUGCCGGUAUAUCAUGCUUCUUACAGACUUUUAUGUUUUCUAUUGCUGGUGAAAAGUUGACUUCACGUUUAAGGAAAAUGGUUUUCACUACAAUAAUUAGUCAAGACAUUUCCUGGUUUGAUAAUCCAAUGAAUAGUGUAGGAUCACUGUGUACCAGACUGACAUCUGAUGCAUCAAGUGUUCAAGGGGCCACUGGAUCUCGUAUAUCCACUGCUCUCCAAGCAUUAUCAACUCUUAUUGCAGCUAUUGUUAUUGGAUUAUGGUUCAAUUACAAGAUUGGAAUUGUUGUAUUAUGCUUUAUUCCUCUAGUCCUGUUAGCAACUUAUUUUGAAAGUAGAGUUAUUAGUGGACAUAUGCUCAGUGAAAAAUCUGGAACUGAACAAGCAUCAAAGGUAGCCAUUGAGGCUAUUGAGAGCAUCAGAACUGUUGCCUCCCUCCAUAGAGAAGAAGCAUUUUAUGUUCAGUUCCGAACUGCUUUAUAUGGCCCACAUAAGAAAUCACGAAAGAAUUCUCUUGUGAGAGGACUUACCUUUGGUUUUGCACAAAGCAUACCAUCUUUUGCAUAUUCAACGUCUAUGUAUUAUGGAAGCAUACUUGUUGCAGCUGGUGAAUUGUCUUAUCCUGACCUUUUUAAAGUGAUAGAAGCUGUAAUUCUUGGCACUGCAAUGGUUGGGCAAGCUGUAGCGUUUGCACCAGAUUAUCAAAAAGCAAAAGUAGCAGCAGCCCGUAUUUUUAAACUUUUAGAUAUCAAGCCAAAGAUUAAUGUGUUCUCUUCAGAAGGUCGCUUUCUGGAUGAUGUGAAAGGUUAUCUUCGUUUUAAAAAUGUUCGUUUCAAUUAUCCAAGUCGCCCAAGAGUUAAAAUAUUAAGAGGUUUGAACUUGGAGAUUGAUCCGGGACAAACUGUUGCCCUGGUUGGAAGCAGUGGCUGUGGGAAGAGCACAUGCAUUCAGCUAAUAGAGAGAUUCUAUGAUGCUCAGCAUGGAGAUGUGAUGUUAGAUGAUGCUAAUGUGAAAAACAUGAAUGUAUCUAAUUUAAGAUCUCACAUUGGUCUUGUUUCACAAGAGCCAGUAUUAUUCAGUUACAGCCUUGCUGAGAAUAUUGCAUAUGGCGACAAUUCAAGGAACGUCAGCAUGGAUGAAAUUAUUUCAGCUGCUCGGCAAGCUAAUAUUCAUAACUUCAUUGCAUCCUUACCACAGGGUUAUGAGACUCCUGUUGGUGACAAAGGUGCACAACUAAGUGGUGGUCAAAAGCAACGUAUUGCAAUUGCCCGAGCUUUACUCAGAAACCCAAAGAUUCUCCUACUAGAUGAGGCAACUUCAGCACUGGAUGCUGAAAGUGAAAAGGUUGUGCAAGAAGCUUUAGACAAAGCGAGCAGUGGAAGGACAUGCUUGAUUAUUGCUCACAGGUUGACAACUAUUCAAAAUGCUGACAUGAUUGUUGUCAUUCAUCAUGGAAGAGUAGUGGAAAAGGGCACUCAUCAGGAACUUUUGAAUAAAAGAGGACAUUAUUUCAAUUUACAGAAUGCUCAGGCAGGCGCUCGGUAGUUGCAUGAGUUCCGUCCUGUAUCAUAGUGUAAAAACUUCAUAUGAUCAUUUCAAAUGAUCCUUCAUUUAUACAUUUAAAAUGUUUUUUUUAUGUAUACGUGCAAAUUGAUUGAUUUGCAUUUAAGACUACUAAAGCCAAAGUGUUCAUUUCUUUGAAGGAAAAUGACUUAAUUUAUUUUUGUUGGAGUGUAUUCUAUAUUUUCAUGUUGAUCAUGACUUUACAGCAUACUGUUUUCAGUUAUAGUUUUAAAACCAACCCUCUAUUGCAUUUUUCUUGCCUUGGAAGCUUAAUUUUAACCAUUGUACUAUGAAUGAAUUUGCAAUACUUAAACUUUUGAGUGUUCUGACUUCAGGGAGGAAUUUUGACCUUGUGCAUUUCUCUUUUUUUUUUAAUAAAAUGAUAGUAUAAUUUUAUGAGUACAAGCAGGCCUAUCAUUUCAAAUUUUUUCAGGGAGGGAGGCAAAAGUUAUAUAUUCAAUAUGAGGAGCCCUCAAAAAGCAUCAAAAACCACACUCACAUAUGUAAGUACAUUAAUUUUGCGAAGUAGGGGGGGGGUGGGUGAAUGCCGUUUGAUGCAGGCGUUAUCCAAAGGGGGAGGUUCUGGUAUCAUGAUACCUUCACUAAAGCAACUAAAUUUUGCUUGACGUGGCAUUUUAGUGACAUAUUUCUCACUAGGCAUUCCUAUUUGAGCACAAAAUUUUAACUUUGAAACCCCCCUUCUAAUAUGACUCCUCCAAAAAACAGAAGCUGGAUCUGCCCUUGCCUGGUUAAGAGUGUAGAAUAUGGGUACAUUGUUGCUUUGCAAUUUCUGUACUUUCCAUCUUGUGACAGAAAAAUAUCAUUAACGCCGCUUCGUGUUUGGUCCUCACACAUGUUUCAAUUUUAGUAAUGAAACUUUCAAUGCUUUGGGGUAUUUAUUUGGGGUAUACAUUCUAAUGAAGCAUUUAAUGAUAUUUUAUUUAGUUUACUAAUUACUUCAUACUUUAAUGGAAUAUUUAAUGCUAAUUGAUAGCCUGUGUUAUUUAUUUGGCAGAGUAUGUUCAUUUGGCGAGUUGUAAUGUUUUGAAGAAAUUCUUUAUGUUCAAAUAAAACUUUUAAUAUUUUUUAAUGGCUUGCUUUAUAUAAAAGCUCAUUAAAACAGGAAAAAAAAAAAAGAAAAAUGUAUGGCAUUCCAAACUAGGUAGUUUUUAUGUAACUUUACCUACAAUAGCAACAAAUGCUAGGGUUGGCAUUCAGUAGUAGAAUGUUGCCAAUUAGGAAAUUAGUUUGUUUGCAAUUGCGAUAAAUCCAUUAUAUCACCAAUGCAUCUUUAUUCUACACUCUAGCCAUUUUAUUUUGGUGAAUUUUCCAAAGAAUAAACAUAAUUUUACACUAUUUUUAUGAUUUCUUUGGGUAUUCCUGUAUAACCAUAUGGCGAUAGAUAGUUAUAACAUAAAAUAAAAACUUAAUUUAUUCAUGUGUAAUUAAUGUACUAUCGCUUUGCCAUGAUUUAUGUAAGUGGACCAAUCGCUACUAUAUUCACCUAUCCCACUGGUAGAGUGAAAGGGGCAUUUAUAAUGAUAAUCCAGUUGAAGAUGAGAAGUGUCUCUUUCAUUUUAUGUGUGCCAUAGAUGGAUAUUCAUGCAUACACAAAAUUAGUUAUACGAAACCAUGCAAUAGAGGGUUUAUUGCCAAUGAUCUAUGUGUAAGAUAAUAAUAUUGCCCCAUUUUGAUUUUAUUUAAAGGACUAUUAGACAUUAACUUAGUUUGGUAAUUUUUAUAUGCAGUUUGAUAUGAUUGUCAUUCUGGCAAAUAUACAAUCAUAUUAAUUCUGUUGUGUGACUAUAGUAUGUUUCCAGCAUAUAAAUUGUGAAAAUAUUUAUCACUAAAAGCUUAUAAUUUCUUUUCAGUCAAUUAUGUAGCUAAAACGUACAUAUUGUGAUAAAAUUUUAAAUCUCAUACAAUUAACCAUAGUUUUCUUCAACCUAAAGAAUAUUCAUGUGAUUUGCCUUAUGAUUCAUGUGCUGUGAUAAUUUUGCAUUACGUUUUGCAUUUGCAUAAAAAAUGCAUUACAGCAAGGUAAAGACAACAACAAAACAAUUCUUAUAAUUCUAUUUUUUUGUUGUUUUUUCAUUUGUGUAGUUUGUUGUUUUUUACAUACUUUUUGUGUUUCAUUUGUGUACUUUGAAUGUUAUUGCUGUUAAAAGAAAAAAAUCUUUUGUUGGUGUAAUUCAAAUUAUUACACCUGUAGCAUAACUUCUUCGAAUAGUACACAAUAUACUUUAUCUUCAUCAAGUUUAAACCCGAAAAUGAAUGUCAAAGUAUAAAUCAAACAAAUUUUCAAAACAUUUUUUUUGUUAUCAAUUAAUAUUAGCUAGUCUUGAAUCAGUUAUAAAAUAUACUAAUAAUUUCAAGAAAAAAACAUUAUGAAAUUAAUUUACUUUCAACUUUUAACAGUGUUUAAUAAGCUCCUUUAAAGUUUUCUAAGUUUUUAAAUUAUAAACAAAUGCAAAGUUUUAAGAGGAAAUAAGUAGUGAUUUAUCUGUUGAAAAAAUUCCUGAUUUCAUGAAUUUGUUUUCUCAUUUACAGAGUAAUUGUUUUUACGUCAUUAAAUUAUAUUUGUGAUAUGUAUGAUAGAAACAAAACUAAUAAUAGUAAUUAAUUCCGUCCAAAUGCUUUAGUACUACAAAUUAUUUUUUCUAUUUAUUGAAAAUGGCUAUAAUACAUUUUUAAAAAUAUUUUUUGUACUUUUGUAUUUUCAUAAUGUUUAAUUUUUUCUAUAUUUUGCUUUUUCUUAUAAUUCAAUUUCAGCUUUAAUAUUUGUAGCAUAAAAAUUUCAAAGACUUGUAUUCAGAUACAGUUAGAAGUCAUUAGGUGUAAGUGAAGCCUUAAUUCCUGCACAUUUAUGUGCAUUAAAUUUUCUUACAGUGCUUAAAUGUUAAAUUUAAGUAUGUAUAUUAAUAGUGUACCGUUCAGUGCCAUACAUUAUUAUAGAAUACAUUGUGUUAAACUAUAAAUUUUCUAAAUCAUCACUUUUAAUUGUUCACUGUUGCUAAUAUGAAUUAGUGUAUAUUUAUAACUAUGUGGUUGUUGCAUUUAUUUGUGUUUUUAUACUUUCAUUAAGCGUUAUGGAAUGCAAGUAAUGAAUGAAAUAGAUUUUUGUAAAUCUAGAAAUUACAAAUGGAUUUUUUUUUUAAACAAUAAAACCAUAUUUGGUCACUUCACCUAUUUCAUUCUCAUCUUUUAAAGAAAAAGCCAUGCAAAUAAUGUUUUAAUAUUUUAUUCAUGAUAUGUGAUUUUUACUCAGUAAAGUUUCCUUUUUACUCACUUUAUUAUUGUUUUCCAACAGUGAUGAAAUUAAUUUCGACUUUUCUUCAUUAUUCAUUAUUUAAAAAAAAAAAAAAAAAAAUGUAACUAAAUAUGUAAAUAUAUAUGGAUUUUUGAUCCUCUAAUUCCUUCCAUCCUUCCUUAGAUCCAUUGAAAAUACUUCUUAACUCUUUUAUGUGGUGUAAUCUAAAUCCUAUUACUGGUUCCUGAAUUUGUAAAACCUGCACAUUCUUGUGAACUUGUAUGCCUUGCAAAUGAUAAUUAACCUUUUAAUCUCUAGCUCCUCUGCCCUAGACUUUUUUUUUUACCAAGAAUCAUUGCUGAAUUGUCAUGGUAAUAACUAUUAGAUUAUUUUAAAAGCCAUAAUGAACAGUGAAUCAAAUUUUAAAAUAAAGAAGUAAAAAGCAAUAUUUUUUAGAGCUCUUAUUGGUAAAAAUGCUUUUGUAUUUUUUAUUCUGCCAAAAUUGCAGUUUUUAGCUAUUAAAAAAGGAAAAAAAUGUCAACUUCUGCAUGCAUAAAAAAAAGAUAGUUUUACUAUAAAUUAAAAAGUGUCUAACAUUCUGUUUUAACUUUUAAGUAUAUUUAUAAAAUGUAAUGGAAAUUUCCCUAAAUUUCAGCAUCAUUACAUGUAAUCCAAAUGUUGUUGGCAUAUUUGUUUACAUAAAUUUUGAUGUCUGCAUAUUUUAAUUUUUGAUUUCAGAAUAAUAUGACGAUUUAAUGUAAGGAUGUGCAUGUAUGUUUUUAUGUAAAUAAUGUAAUAAUAUUUAUGUAUAUGAUUUUUACUUUGUCCCAUUGUUUUGAGACAAAGCUAAUAAAA